UAAGCUUACACUUCUGGCGAGCGGUCGCGAAGAGAAAAACACAGUCGCCAAUCACUAAGUUGAUGAUAAAUAUAAUAAAUCAACGUGCCCGACGGAGACAAGUCAAUAUUUGGAUUGUGAACUCAUUAGCCAAGGACAGGACUCACAACUAAGUCGGACAGGCAGUGAAAGUCCUUUCGCACAAUGGAACGAUUGCUCAUACUUGUAGUGCUGCUGACUUCUCAACUUCAAAUCCAGGCACAAACUGCACUAAGCUAUGAACAAGCACGGCAAGCUGUUCUCACGGCGGAGGAGGAGCUGAUGACUGGUGGACACACCUACCUGAACACCCAGGAGGCCACGGUGGACGAUAUAUUCAUGGAGUACAAGCUCGGAGAGUUGGCCCAAGGAUUUCGGAACGCGGAGCAGAAUGCGGCAGCUCUGCAUUUUUUCAAGGCAAAGCCGCUAAUCGAUCGGAGUGCGAUCUUCCGAUUUCUACAGAAGAUGCCCAAGGGCGCCGUGCUCCACCUGCACAACACCGCAUCCGUGAGCUCCAAGUGGGUGGUGGACGACUUGUCGUACAUGCCCGGACUGCUGCGCUGCACGACGGCUACAGGACGAAGUGUCCUCACAUUCCGCAGGACUCCUAAGGAGCACGAAUGCCAAUCGCAAUACGUGCGUGUUGCCGAUGAGCGGCGGAACUCGUUGGAUCGCCAGAUCUACGAUCGGAAUUUCGAACGCCUGAUCAAUUUGUACACCCCAGUUCCAGAGCUGGAGUACCCCACAAUUACCCAGGUUUGGGAUCGGUUCCAGGACAUGUUCCACUCGCUGAGCGAUGCCCUAACCUAUUUGCCAGCCUUUCGAGCUUAUCACUGGCAGAUGCUGGAGGAGCUGUACAAUGACAAUGUGAUGUACGCAGAGAUUCGGACUAGUUGCAAAAUGCUCUAUGACGCCAGUGGACGCACUUUUUCCAAAGAGCGUACUAUUCGCGAGCUCUAUGACAUUAACGAGAAGUUCGUGAAGCUGCAUCCAGAUUUUCUGGGCAUCAAAGUCAUUCUGGCCGUCUAUCGCGGCUAUGAAUUGGAUCGGAUGAAGGAUAUGGUUGAGGAAUUUGGGAAGUUGCACCAAGCAUUGCCCAACUUUCUGGUUGGAUUCGAUUUGGUGGGUCAAGAGGACAAGGGAAAACCACUUUAUUCCUUACUGCCUGCCCUAAGAGAUCUUCCGCCAACAUCUCGGCUUUUCCUACAUGGCGGGGAGACCAAUUGGUUUGGCGCCUCCACGGAUAUCAAUCUGCUGGAUGCCCUGUUGCUGAAUACCACUCGCAUUGGUCAUGGUUAUGCUCUGGCCAAGCAUCCGAUCCUCCUGAAUGCUGUGAAGUCGCGCCGCAUCGCCGUGGAGAUUAGUCCCAUUUCGAACCAGGUGCUGCAUCUGGUUUGGGACCUGCGCAACCAUCCGGGUGCCCAGUAUCUUGCCCUUGAUGUACCCGUGGUGAUAUGCAACGAUGAUCCUGGGUUCUGGAAUGCCAAGGGCCUAAGCUACGACUUCUACUAUGCCAUCAUGAGCCUGGCGCCCAACAAUGCUGGGCUAAGGGUCCUCAAGACUCUGGUGUGGAAUUCGGUGCGCUACUCCACGCUGACGGAGGAGGAACAGACGAAAGCUUUUAAAAUACUCGAACUCAGCUGGUCGCGAUUCAUAGACAAGGUGCUGAAUGGCAGUGUAUUUUAAAUGAACUUAUUAAGGAAAUAAACAGCCAAAGAGUUUAUAAAUCAUUAGUAAAGUUCUGGC